AUGUCUACCACAACAGGCGGCACGCUGACGGUCCCGACUGUCACGACAACGACAGCCUCCGCACUGCCGCGGAUCAAAGCACCGGAGUUCUCGCGUGACAAACCCAGGACUUGGUUCAUACAGCUGGAGGCCCAAUUCCGCAAUUACGGAAUUGUAACAGAAACAGAUAAGUUUUGCCGAACAUUACCAUUGAUUGAUACGGAAUCAGCUACUGAAGUAGAGGAUGUAGUUAUUACCCCUGAUCAAGUCGCACCUUUCCAAGGUCUCAGAAACACACUGAUUGCUCGAUUUACAAAGUCCAAGGAAGCAAAUCUUAUCCAAUUACUUGAUCGGGAGUCGAUUGGAAAUCGAUUACCCUCUCAAUAUCUAAGGCAUUUGAAAAGUUUAGUUCCAGAUAUCGAUGGUGAAGUCUUGAGGGCACGCUGGCUAUCUCAUCUUCCGGAGAGCACCCGAGCAUGUCUGGUGAUCCAGCCCCAGGCAAACACCGAUGACAUAGCAAAGCUCGCAGACAAGAUCCACGAGGUCUAUCAUCCAGAUACUGUCGCGGCGGUAACAAAGUCGAGUGCAGGGGAAAACGCGCAGCUAGCAGCUCAGAUCGCAGUACUCACCGCGUCUGUCGCAGCCCUGCAAGCACAGAACUCGCGCUCACAUCCGCGCUCACGCGCCCGCUCGCGAUCCCGCGGGCGAGACAACAACAACCGCCUGCGUAGCAGGUCGAACACCAAGGUCUUCGGACAAACGCAGUCCUGCUGGUACUAG